GCUUCGUUUUCAAACAUGCGCAUGCGCAGUUGUUGUUGUUUUUUUAAAGCUGUGUUUCGUUUUAAGGUGAAAGUGAAAGUUAAGUUCGCUGGCAGUCACGUCGGUCCUGAAUGAACCAGAACUAGAAGCAGGUUCAGACCGUGUGAGUACAGCUUCUGGACUUCAAGGCUGCUGAACAAGUCCUAGUUUCGCAGAAAUGGCUAAACCACAUAAUCGUAACGACAGCUCUCAGAUGAAAGCCAGCCUCCAACAUGAUGACGACCAAAAGAACAGAAACAGGAAACCCGACCCACUAAAGCAGCAGGACAGUAAAGACAGCAGAGGUCCGGGCAGCUCCUCCUCUGAUGGGUCCAGGUGUGCUGAGGAUGACAAACCAAAAACAAGUGAUCAAAACACAGAUUUGAUGCGGUGGGAAGAUGGAGCCACCUCCGUUACCGCUGGGUCCAGGUGUGCUGAGGAUGACAAACAGAACAGAAACAGCUACAAGAAUGAUUGGACAAGGCGGGAUGAUGACGCCUCAUCGUGCUGUCAGCUGGACAGCCUGAGAAGACUUCCAAAGCUGGAUAUCAAGCUGGGACCCCUGAACUUCAGCAGGUCUCACACUGUCCUCAUAAAUGUGGACAUUUUCAAACAAUGUGGACCUGUUCCUCAGGACGGGAGAGAUCUGUGGGACAGAAACUUUGUCAAGAUGCCAUGUUCACCCUCAUCAAAACUGGAUUCAAAAUUCAAGUUCACCCAAGUGUCAAGAUGGAAGCUGAUCUAUGAGAAUCUGAAGGCUCUGGCCAAUAAGGCAACAGCAAGUGUUGAUGAGGUGGCGGAAGCCAUCUUUAAAUACAACCCCAAGUACAAAGGUCAGUGGUCGUUUGAUGCACUUUCCAGGUUUGUUGAGCGGAUCCCAAAAAUAGAAAAUGACUUUGAGAAACUGUUUCCGAGGAUUGCUGCUUUAGCCUUGGAUCUGCCUGAGCAAGUCAAAAAGGCCGUCCCGUUGCUUCAGAGAGGACACCCUGCAUCCAUCACUCUGUCGCAGGUUCAGAUCUCCUGCCUGCUCGCCAAUGCCUUCUACUGUACCUUCCCUCACCGCAACAGCUCCGGACCUGGUGCAGAAUACCACAGCUACCCAUCCAUCAACUUCACCAGACUGUUUGCAGAUUGGUCAGAACGUAAAAAGGAGAAGCUGAGGGCCGUCAUGCAUUACUUUAAAAAGGUGUUAGAAACUAAACCUGAAGGACUGGUGACCUUUCAGAGGUGUUGCCUCCGAGACACAGACGUACCACACUGGUGGAACUGUAAGGAGACCUUGGAUAAACUGCACCUAACAUCUCAGGGCAGCAUCGAGACUGAAGGUACAGGUAUGCUCCAGGUAGACUUUGCCUCCAGCUGGAUUGGUGGAGGUGUUCUGGACUCUGGUCUGAUCCAGGAGGAGAUCCUGUUCCUCAUGAAUCCAGAACUGAUCGUGGCUCGACUUUUCACUGAGAAACUGGCAGACAACGAAUGUCUCAUCAUCACAGGCUGUCAGACGUUCAGUCAGUACUCUGGUUAUAGUGACAGGUUUGAGUGGGCGGGCCCCUAUGACGACCUCCUUGAAAGAGAUGAGUGGGCUCGACUGAACAGACAGAUCCUGGCAAUGGAUGCGCUGCGCUUCAAACAUCGACGAGAUCAGUACAACAUGGGCCGAAUCACCAGGGAGCUCAACAAGGCAUACUGUGGGUUUAAAGACCACCGUGGGCUCAGAGGGCCAGACAUCGCCACAGGAAAGUGGGGCUGUGGAGCAUUUAAAGGAGACCCACAACUUAAAGCCCUGAUCCAGCUGAUGGCCGCAGCAAAGGCCAGGAAGGGUUUGGCCUUCUUCACGUUUGGAGAUGAAGACCUGAAGGAAAGGCUGGAGCAGAUCUACCACCUGCUGCUCACAGAGAAGACAACAGUUGGCCAACUGUAUGAAGUUCUGGUGAAUUACUGUGCUGUGAGGCAAACAGAAGGUUCCCACGUGGAUCUGUUUGAGUUCAUCAGAACAACCAUCAAACCUUCCAGAAGUCAGCUGUAAAGAAGUCAGCUGUGAAGUCUGCACCCAGUUUGAUCUAAACCAGGGGUUCUCAAAUGUUUUGGGUCUGGGGACCCCUUACCAGGGUGAAAAAAUUCCAGGGACCC